AUGCGCCAGACACUUCGAAGGUCCUGUGCUGCGUGCUCCAAGUCCAAGAUUAGCUGCGACCUUCGUACACCACGCUGCUCCCGCUGCACAAAACGUAAAAUUCAAUGCGACUAUGCAAAUCAACCCUGGGCGCCGCCGGUAGCACCCGGCACAGAGCCUGGCGCGUUAAUAAAAUCUGGUGAUGCGCCCAGCACUGUAAUGGACUGUUCUUUCGGCUCCCUGGACCCAUUCGACUCUUAUCCACAGACAAGGUUUCCUAGGGAACAAGUUCAACGCUUAAUAUAUGGCUUUCAGCUUACUGUUCUAGUUCUUCAUAAAAUUGCUUUUCAGUACUAUCCACUUGAUAUGAGCGCAACUUCCAAUCCUUUUUUGGUCUCUUGGUGGCCGCUUGCUCUUGGUGAUCCGGCCCUAUUUCAUGUUUCACUACAGACGGCAUGCCUUGAUGAAGAACUGCUGGCGCAAAAGGGAUUUCAAUCUUCUGAACUUCUUAUGGCUGAUUCGGUGGCUUUAUUAAGACGGAAAGUGGAGAACACAUCUUUAGCUGUACAAGAUGGUACUAUGAACUCUGUUAUCACAUUGGCAGCUAUCGAGUUUGGAAAAGGAAAUAUUGAUGUUAGUAAAGUCCAUGUUGAUGGAGUGAAAAAGUUGGUCGACAUGAGAGGUGGUAUAAAUUCAGUGAGACAAACUAGUCCGCUUACUGCGCGUAUGAUAAGUUGGGUAUCAAUGCUUAUCAUGGGCCACCCCCAAUUUAAUACACAAGAUGACGUGGGCUUUGGAGACGGCAUAUCUUGUAUUCCAGAAUGGCAAUUGGACACAACGGCCCUUGAUGAUUCAUCUAGAUUCAAUAGCAAUGAAGUCGACUAUGCCGUUUGGAAUGUCUUCAUACGUCUACGCAGCGUCCUACAACGAACACAACAAAUAUCCUUUUCACCCACUCACCUUCACGACCUCACAUGCUUUGUUAUACAUCGACUUCUGCUUUCUGUCCCAACCUCAGAUCAUCCUCAACAUUCGCCAAUCACCGAAUCUCUCCGCUACGCAAUAAUUAUAUUCAUGCUCAAAAUUCAAGGCCCAACUUAUUAUUCACAUGCAGUCAUAAUGAACACGAUGACCACCCGAUUUAUGGAAUCUUUUGAGCAGCUUGAAUCAAUACCUCGUGUGUAUGAUUCACUUGAUGUCUGGCUUGUUUCAGUGGGCCUUCUGAUCACUACGGGGUCAUCAAAUUAUACAUGGUUCAUCGAGAGAGCACAGGCUAUUUCGGCUUAUUUACAACUGAGCUGUUUCUAUGAUGCUCUUGGUCAUAUUCAAGAUAUUCUGUGGGUUGAACAGUCACAAGGCGAAGACAUGUUCCAAAGUCAUUGGAAUGCGGUAUUUGAUAUUGAGGGUAUACCUGACCUUUUGCGGCUCACACCCGAGUCCCUUCAACUCACAUUUUGCAUCUCCCCUAGCAGCACCAGUGCAAAGAUUUUAUGA